ACGGCGGCCGCGCGCCUUCCCGGACCCAGCGCGGGGCGUGUGGGGCCCCAUGGAGCCCAAGGAGAAGCAGCAUCUGGUGGACGCCAGGCUGGGAGCCCGGUCUUACACGGGAUCUCUAUGGCAGGAGGGGACUGGCUGGAUCCCUCUGCCCCCAUCUGGCUUGGACUUGCAGACCAUUGAUCUAGUCACUGAGAGUAAUCAUUACUGUCAUGCCCAGAAGGGUCCUGGCAAUCACUUCGACCCCAAGAAGGAGCAGGCCCGGCGACAGCUUUAUGUGGCCUCUGCCAUCUGCUUGGUGUUCAUGAUUGGGGAAGUCGUUGGUGGGUACCUAGCUCACAGCUUGGCGGUCAUGACUGAUGCAGCCCACUUGCUCACUGACUUUGCCAGCAUGCUGGUCAGUCUCUUUUCUCUCUGGAUGUCCUCCCGACCAGCCACCAAGACGAUGAACUUCGGCUGGCAGCGAGCUGAGAUCCUGGGAGCCCUGCUCUCUGUACUGUCCAUCUGGGUCGUGACUGGAGUGCUGGUGUUCCUGGCGGUGGAGAGGCUAAUCUCUGGGGACUAUGAGAUCGAAGGGGGGACCAUGCUGAUCACAUCGGGCUGCGCUGUGGCGGUGAAUAUCAUAAUGGGGUUGACUCUUCACCCGUCUGGCCACGGGCACAGCCACGACCCCAGCCAGCAGCAGGAGAACCCAAGUGUCCGAGCUGCCUUUAUCCACGUGAUUGGAGACUUUCUGCAGAGCAUAGGCAUCUUGGUGGCGGCCUAUAUUUUAUACUUCAAGCCAGAGUACAAGUACGUAGACCCCAUCUGUACCUUCCUCUUCUCCAUCCUGGUCUUGGGGACAACCUUGACCAUUCUGAGAGAUGUGAUCCUGGUGCUGAUGGAAGGGACCCCCAAGGGUGUGGACUUCACGGCUGUCCGGGACCUGCUGCUGUCGGUGGAAGGGGUGGAAGCCUUGCACAGCCUGCACAUUUGGGCCCUGACCGUGGCCCAGCCUGUGCUGUCUGUCCACAUCGCCAUUGCUCAGAAUGCAGAUGGCCAGGCUGUGCUGAAGGCAGCCAGCACCCGCCUGCAGGGCAAGUUCCACUUCCACACCAUGACCAUCCAGAUCGAAGACUACUCGGAGGACAUGAAGGACUGUCAGGCAUGCCAAGGCCCCUCGGACUGACUGCCUGGCCAGGUGCCAGCGGAGGCAUGGACAGGACCUGCAGCCGGUGGGGCUGAGUGUCCCCCAGGCCCAGCUGGGACUCGGGCUCCCCUGGCUGUAUUAUAAAGCGGGUCCCUCUCCUGACCUCUGCUCUGUGUUGAGUGUGAAGGAACCCAUCCCCUGCCUCCCCCAUCUGACUAGAUAGCCAGUUUAAGGAUGGAGACGUGGCAAGUGUAAAGCUAGUAUGACCCUGCUCCUCCAGCUUCUGGGUUGGUGCCUGGCAGGGCUGGGUUUGGGCCCCAUCCUCAUCUAAUGCCUUCCUACACCAGCUUCUGGAAAGGCAGGGAAGCACAGUGAGGGGGAACAGAGGGGACACUGGCUCCAACAUCCCCUUGCCCGCCUGCCUUAUUCCUCAUGUCAGUCUGGCCUUUGCCUUAUGAAUCUGUGAAGAAGCCCUUCUCCCUCUGCCUCUAACACUGUGGUGUGAUUAGGCCUUGGGCAUUGGGAGUUGUGAAGACCCUGCACUUUCCAACCUAUCCCCCUGAGAUGGGAAACCAGUGGGCACCUGAGGCCUGCCUGUGCCUUAGUCAUUUCAGCCCUGAGCCACAUUUCCCUUUCUUUGAGGGAGGAGGCUUCUGACCAUGUCAGGACCUGGCCAGUUUCUUCUUUCCUUAUUCCCCUAGCCCAGGAAGCCUCCCCCCGGUUGGUUGGGGGGUGGGUGGCAGCCCCAUAGCCCCUGGCCCACUUCUCUUGUCCUGAUAGAGUCUCAGGGAUCUCAGAGCCUGACUUCCGUGGGCCAGCGCUGUGGCUGGUGUGGCCUGACCUGCUCAGAAGACAGGGGGGUUGGUGGCACAACGGGUGGGAGGCAUUGGCUUCCUGAGGCGUAUGUAGAUUCCUGAAUUAGGGGCCGCUUGCGUUGGCAAGAUGCAGAGGGGAGACUUGCCCUAGUCUCACAGAGAAAGCAGCCACCUGACUCAUUAGGUGGCUCUUAGGUCUCAGAGAAUGAGAGACUAAGAGUGAACCUACCUCACAGGGUUGUUGUGAGGACUGGAACCAAAGUCUGUUAAGCACCUGG